CGCCCCCCCCCCCCCCCCCCCCCCCCUUUGGCCAUUCCUCCGACGUCCACCGCCCUCUGUCUUCUCAAUCCUUUCCGCCAUAGCUGCGCAUCGAAAUCUGCAAAAUGGAGACUAGACGAGCGAUGUUCAAAUUCCAAAAAGUUAUAUCUACGAAUAACGACACACAUUCCCUUUUCUAAGCUUUUCUUAUAAGAACCUGAUAAAACCAUAUCAACAUAACUUUUCGAUCAUACCCUGCAAUCCUGUGUUCUUUUUCCAUCAAAUGCACAUUAUAUUCACCUAAAUAUUCUCAGAUUCGGGUUCUUUUUUGUGAUUUUCGUGGAAAUAAUCCUGCUCUUGGAAAACUUUGUGGGUAAAGCUUAUUCCUUUUUUGAUCUGUUGCUUCAUACCAAAAAAAAAUUGUUGACAUUUCGUAACAGGAUUGAUUGAACAUAAUAGGGCUUUAUUCGUUUGGGGGGUUUUGCACACCAACUGUUUGUUUAAAUUUCAUAUUCACUGCAUCCUUUUCUAAAAGUGGUAAGUGCGUCGAUACUUGAAUUUGAAAGGUCAUAGUAUGCAUCUCUCUACCUUUUGGAUAAAACUGGGUUAGAUUUAGAUGGGUAAUUGCUUAAAGGGUUUAUGCUGGCGUCAAUCACAGCCUCCACCCAAGAUUGAACCGGAUUUAGCAGACAAUCAAUCACAAUCUAAAGAUCCUCCACCCACUCAACAAACACCUCCACAACAUGACAUAAUCACAGAAAAAGAUCAUGAACACGAACACGAAUCUAAACAAGAAAUCAAAGUAGAGACAAAGCCAUCCAGAAAAGUUUCAUUAGCGAAGCAACAAAGCAAACACACACAAUCUGUCAAAAAGCCUCAAGAAGUGAAAAGAUUGUUAAGUGUAGGGCUUCAAACCAAUCGUGUCUUAAAAACCAAAUCCGGGAAUCUAAAAGAUUUAUACCUUUUGGGUAAGAAACUAGGCAAUGGUCAAUUUGGCACAACAUAUCUUUGCAAAGAGAAGUCAACCAACAAAGAGUUUGCUUGUAAAGCAAUUGCAAAAAGAAAACUCCUCACAGAUGAAGAUGUGGAAGAUGUUAGAAGAGAAAUUGAAAUCAUGCAUCAUAUAUCAGGACACCCGAAUGUAGUUUCAAUCAAAGGAGCUUAUGAAGAUGCAGUAUCAGUUUAUUUAGUUAUGGAACUUUGUGGUGGAGGUGAAUUGUUUGAUAGAAUUAUAGAAAAAGGUCAUUAUUCAGAAAGAAAGGCAGCUGAUCUUGCGAAAACCAUUGUUAGUGUGAUUGAAGCUUGUCAUUCUCUUGGUGUAAUGCAUAGAGACCUUAAACCUGAAAACUUUCUAUUUGUUGAUAACCAUGAAGAUUCAAUUAUGAAGUCCAUAGAUUUUGGAUUAUCGACUUUCUUUAAACCUGGACAAGUUUUUACAGAUGUGGUUGGAAGCCCUUAUUAUGUUGCACCUGAAGUUUUGCUUAAAGAUUAUGGUCAAGAAGCUGAUAUUUGGAGUGCAGGUGUGAUUAUUUAUGUUCUUCUUUGUGGGGUCCCUCCAUUUUGGGCAGAAUCAGAGAAUGAUAUAUUUGAAGAGGUUUUGAAUGGUAAAGUUGACUUCAGUAUUGAUCCAUGGCCUAAAAUAUCAGAAAGUGCUAAAGAUUUAGUUAAAAAAAUGCUUGUUAGAGAUCGUAAAAAACGGAUAACUGCUCAUGAAGUUCUUUGCCACCCUUGGAUCAGUGUUGAUGGUGUUGCUCCAGAUAAGCCUCUUGACUCUGCAGUGUUGACUCACUUGACUCGGUUUUCUGCCAUGAACAAGCUUAAAAAACUUGCUCUUAGGGUGAUUGCAUCAAGACUUUCAGAAGAAGAGAUUGCUGGUUUAAAACAAAUGUUUAAGAUGAUAGAUACAGACAACAGUGGAUACAUCACUUUUGAAGAGCUCAAAGAUGGAUUAAAAAGUUAUGGUGCUAAGCUUGAAGAGUCUGAAAUUCAUGACCUAAUGCAUGCUGCGGAUAUUGACAACAAUGGUAGCAUCGACUAUGAAGAAUUUGUAGCUGCAACUUUGCAUUUCAAUAAAGUUGAAAGGGAAGAUAAUUUAUAUGGUGCUUUUUCAUAUUUUGAUAAAGAUGGAAGUGGUUAUAUAACUUUGAAUGAAAUCCAACAAUCGUGUAAAGAAUUGGGAAUAGAUGAUGCACAAGUGGAAGAAAUUAUCCAAGAAGCUGAUUUGAACAAUGAUGGGCAUAUUGAUUACAAUGAGUUUGUUGCAAUGAUGCAAAAUGGAAGUGGAACUGUUGGAAGGAAAGAACAAAAGAACAGCUUGAAAAUUGGACUUAGAGAGGGAUUUCCAGUUUCUUGAUAGAAAAGUUCCACUUUUUUUGUUUGUUUUAAGAUCAUUAUUCAUGAUCUUUGUAAAGUAUACAAGCAAAAUUUUCGAUAAUUUUUAUGUAAUCUAACAAAUUCUAGCAAAGAUUUUGAGAGCACAUAGAGUUGGCUAGUUGACACAGCUUGAAUUCAAGAAUGUAUCAUUUUUUUGUAUGUAAAUACAUGAUAUGAAAAGAUUAUUCAUGUGCAUCUAUAGUACUACAAUUUCUCAA